GAAUUUCAGCUUCGAUCCACAUCACGGCCACUGGUGUCUCUUCUUGGAUAAUGCGACCUGCGUGCACCAGGGCACGCCGCAUGUAUUGCAGCUCAUCUCUGGUGCCGAGGACCCCUUCGAGGUCACAGCCUUGGGGCCGAUGAAGAGCAAGCAAGAGCCCGGGGCACCGAUGAAGGAACUCAAGAUCGUCAAGUUCAAGUUGCCGCCGCGCAUGACGCAGCGAAAGCUGGAGAAGCUCGAGCUUGAGGAUGAGGCGAUGAACCACUUUCAGCCCUCCCGAGAGCUUGCCAGCUACGACCUGAACAUGGUUGAGAACUGGAUGCCCUCGACACCAAACUACCGGCCCUACUGUGCUCUCCGUGACCCGCAGCAGUGGCAGACGUUGGACGACUUGAAAAAGGAAGAGGAGUCUGACUGGGGUGUGGACAAGAGGAACAGGCUGGAUCAGCUCAACCUGAUGGAUAACUUCAUGCGCUUUCACUACUUCCAUGACCUAGCGCUUCUUGACAACGAGGUCUACAAGACAGAUUUUGACGUUGUCCGGCUGCUGAAGUUUGACAGCCUGCAGGCCUUUGCAUCACCUAUGAGAAAGACGUCUACCAGAAUCCGCGAAUCAAGGAGGGAGCAGCGAAAGAGGGAGGAUAAGAAGUCGGAGAAGAGCAAGGCAAAGAUGGACAACAUGAUCAACAAGAACGAAGGCAGCCCCAGCCCGUCGCCGACACCUUCAGGGAGCAACUCGCCUUCGCCCUCCGCAUCGCCUUCGCCCUCGCCUGCAGGUGACACCAAAACGAAGAAGAAGGACAAGUGGGAAGCGAAUGAUGUCUACGAAGGCGUUGACCAGGACAUCGACACUGCAGAUCAAGUCGAAAAGGGACAAACCUGGGCGCAGGCAAGCGGAAAUGCCAACUCCUUCCUCUCUCAUCCAGAAAGACCGGAUCCUCAGCUUUUUGGUUCAGUCCCCGAAGCCAUGGAGAAGUGUGCUGAAAGGCAGGAGAUUCGUUCUCAAAAGUUGGCUGAGCAAGAGAUAAAGCAUGAGGUCAAGGAAAACUACUUGGACCUCACGACCACCGGGAUUUUGGCGAUUUGUGGAGUCAUUCCUGACUUUGGGAAGUUGGCGGCACCCUUGGGUCUGGGCGUCGAUUUUUCCACUCGCUUCGGUGACAUAUGCUCAUUGAUCGUGGAGUUUCUGAGCGAGACAACCAGUUUUGGUUUUAGCCAGUACUGGAACGCCCAGCAACGCUACUAUGGAGAGAACGAGGCUUACGACACCUGUUCCGAUUACACGGACGGCCAGAUGUUCAAGACCUUCUGCGACAUGCACUGCAUCGAAGACGCUGUGCUGAAGGGGAACUCGGCGAUCCUCAAAUCCUUGAAGACACAGGAGACUCAUGUGGUCACUACCGUGCACGACAUGCUGAAGUGGUACACCAGCGAGCUCUUCGACAAGCUGAAAGAGACCCAAGAUCAGAGCUCACACAAUUUCUUGGAGCAAGAGCGGGUUCUCAAGGCUUACUUUGAGCAGAUGGCUGAUAUGGAGACAGGCUACGCAAACCAGGUGAACACGCAGAUCGAUCAAUUGGGCGUGGAUAUCAACAGUCGCUUCAAGAGCAACGUUGAUCACCUCAACGUGUUGCAAAAGCACCUGAAGACUGUGAACGAUAACAUCAUCAGUUUGGCUAACUGGCUGGGCAACCAGCCUAUGUUUGCUAACGAUGACGACCACAGCUUCACUCCUCCGCAUUCCGUUCUGCAGGGUGCAGACCCAUCGAUGGUCAUCGACACCAGAGGCAUGAAUUCGAGCUUCCUGCGGUCUCUGCAGAAGCCUGCGCACGUGGAAGUCCAAGAGAAUUUUGGUGCGGCACAGAUGGCUUUGGCGGACUUACUGGCUCACAUACACCAAGCUUACAGUCCCGAGUCAGCAAGUGAUGAGGAGCAAAUCGUACCGUUGCUCUCCGGCCUUCAAUCCGAGCUUCAGCAACUUCGGCGCCAGCUUUUUCCCUCGGCCGAGGCAGCCGCUAACACCAGCCGCGCGGUGGUCCAGGCCUUGCGACAAGCCCAUACCAGCCUACAGGCUCUGCCAAGGCAAGGUGUGGAGGCUACAUUCAAGCGGCGAACCCAUGUCGCCCUGAAGCCUGCUGUGCGGCGCUGGCAAAAGCAAGCCUUGGUGGUGGCCGGGGUUUCGUCCAGCCUCUCGCAGUUCGGUAUGAGGCCAAAUCUCGCAAGCGUGGAUGAGCACGCUAGCCAGGACCGGAAGCUCAUGACGUCAAUCCACCGGGACGUCAGUGAGUACAUCCAGAAAGCCCAAAUCCACGUGGAUGCCCACAAAAGCACACUGCUCCAAUUGCUAAGUGCAAAUGCCACGCAGCUCGGAUUAUUCGUGGCAGAUUUCAGGAAGCGCACCACGUUUUUCACAGACGUUGGGCAGAGCUGCAAGUCGAACAUAGUGGAGACCGGCCGCCUCGUUGCCCAGAUGCAGCGUACAGAAGAGGAGCAUAUUUUUUCGCUGCGCCGGACUUGGCAGACCCUGGCUGACAACCUAGACUCCCUGGCGAAUCUUCUGGUGGAAGGCGAGCUGUUGCUUUCGGAACUGCACCGAUCAGCCUUCCUCGAUGAAAAUGUCACGGAGUCCUUGCGUGCCGCAGCCGGAGAUGGUGGUAGCCUUGAGUUGGCGGCCCACCUUUCACAGAUAGAGACGUCGCUGGCGCAAAGCUUGAGCAGCAACCUGCUCCCCUUCAUGCAGCAGCUCUCGAAGGCCUUCGAUCUCAGCCAGUUCCUGGCUGACAUGUGGGUUUACGGCUCGUUCGAUGUUCCGGGGGCGGAGCUCGAAUUGGUGCAGGCGGCCUGGAGUCGCGCGGCCCAAACGGCACAUGGACUCUUGGCCCAGAACUCCUCCACGCUGCCGUUUCGGUUACUGCGAUUGGCGGUGGACAGGGCCAGCGAGGCAAUAUCCGCCAACGUCUUCAUGGCUCCAGAUAUCUGCCGUGGCGGGAUGCAGCUUUGGAAGCUGACGUCAGGCCACGCAGUGGUUUUCGACGACAAGGGCCGCUUCUAUCAGUGCGAUUUGAAGAACGGACACCUGUCACCUCGACCGAACCGAUACUACAGCGCGGCUAUCAGCGGCGCCUUCUCCGCUCUUCUUCAGCAAUUUCAUGACCAUAUGAGCUGA